UUUCCAUUCUGGCCGAGCAAAGGUAAGCGGCGUGGACGGCGGCUGGACUCGAGGGGUUGAUCGCAAAGCAGCGCUUGGAACUUUCCGGGGACUGCUCCCCCCCCCCCCAAUAAUAUUAAAAAAAGCCUUUUUGCUCCAGCUGUUAGCCGCUGGGGGAGAGAGUCGGAAAAGCGUCUUGGGAGGACGGAGCUCUGCACCGCAUAGGCUCAAGGGGAGAAUAUCGAUCGCAAUCGGAACUUUUCAAGUCACCUCUGAGUUCACUGUCUGACUUUUAAAGGAAAAGAAACAAUACAAAAGAAAUUUUGAUGGUGUUGUUUUUGAAGUCAGCUGACUAGGUUGGGGGGAAAAGACUGGUGGAGAUUUUUGGAACAGAACCUCAGCAUACUUCUUUGCUCUCUAAGCCAAGCCAGGAUGGAUUUCCUGCGGACAUGCUGAGGCAUUUACAGCAAAAUCUGGUUAAGCCGAAGCACUGACCUUGCAGAAGCAGAUUGAGAGUUGCAAGAUGACCGACGAGCCCAUCAAGGAGAUCUUGGGAGGUUCUAAAUGUCCUCAAUGUGCUACAUUGGAGAAAAGCAAUAACAAUGACUGUAGGGUAACAGCUGUCCCUUUAGUGAGUGAAUGCCAGCUCACAGCUGCCACAGGGGGAAACGAACUCUCCUGUUACCGUUGCACGGUCCCUUUUGGCGUGGUGAUCCUCAUUGCUGGAGUGGUGGUCACUGCUGUGGCAUACAGCUUCAACUCCCAUGGAUCCAUCAUCUCUGUGCUUGGAUUGGUUGUCUUGUCAUUUGGACUUCUUUUGCUGGCUUCGAGUGCACUCUGCUGGAAAAUCAGGCAGAGAAGCAAGAAGGCAAAGAGGCGAGAAAGCCAAACCGUUCUUGUUGCAAAUCAGAGAAGCCUGUUUGCUUAAACAAUUUAAAAUUAGAAAUGCAAAGGAUGGAAGAGAGGAUGGUUUAUUAAAUGGACAUGGCUAUUUAUUUGCAGUUGGGGUUGCAGGAUGUUUUUGUUAGCAAAGUUGGAAUUAUAAUGAUAUGAGCUAAAAAAUCUUCUCAAAA